CCUUUGUUCAUCUUCAUCGUUAAGAUCUCACUCAUAUAACUAGCUGACAUUCUUUGAUCUCAUCGAUUUACCAUCUGGGUCUGCUUCCAUUACCAUUUUCUUCAAGAAAUCUCGUGAUUAUAAGGAUUUGUGUGCUCUUUUGUGUGUCGAGCUCGGUGUUCUUCUAGUUUUAACACGCAAACAAGGCCAUCCUUUGAAUUAAACUUGUGUUUUGAAAUCUAAGACACCGAGGGUUCUUUGAGGGAUGUGCUUUUAAAGAUUCUUGUGAAAAACUCGAUAAAAAAUGGCUCAUGGGAGGAUACGGGCAAAGAUUAGAAGAAGUAGUCUUUACACAUUUGGAUGCAUACGGCCGCCACGUGAAUCAACCGACGAGCCUCAUCAAUUUCGUGGGCCCGGAUAUUCUCGGCAAGUUUGCUGUAACCAACCUCAGUUUCACCAGAAGAAACCUCUUAAAUAUGUCUCCAAUUAUAUCUCGACCACAAAGUAUAAUGUGAUCACAUUCUUACCUAAAGCCCUUUUUGAGCAAUUCCGUCGAGUUGCUAAUGUGUACUUCCUCCUGGCGGCAGCCCUAUCGCUAACGCCCGUUUCGCCUUUCUCGGCUUACAGCAUGAUUGCGCCUCUAGCGUUUGUUAUCGGGCUUAGUAUGGCAAAAGAAGCGGUGGAAAACUGGCAUCGAUUUAUGCAAGAUAUGAAGGUAAAUAUGCGGAAAGUAAGCGUUCAUAGUGGAGAUGGUGUGUUUUCUUUAAAGCCGUGGAUGAAUAUUCGGGUUGGAGACGUGUUGAAGGUCGAGAAAGAUCAGUUCUUUCCGGCGGAUUUACUGUUAUUAUCAUCUAGUUAUGAAGAUGGGAUUUGUUACGUCGAGACUAUGAAUUUAGAUGGAGAAACGAAUUUAAAGGUUAAAAGAUCGUUAGAGGCGACUUUAACAUUAGAUGACGAUGCUGCUUUUAAGGAUUUCAAAGGAACGAUUAAAUGUGAGGAUCCGAAUCCUAAUCUUUACGCGUUUGUGGGUAAUCUUGAAUAUGACCGUCAAAUUUUUCCUCUCGAUCCGAGUCAGAUUCUUUUACGGGAUUCGAAGCUUCGUAACACGGGUCAUGUUUACGGGGUGGUGAUAUUUUCGGGCCAUGAUAGCAAAGUUAUGCAAAAUGCCACCAAAUCCCCUUCGAAAAGGAGCACGAUUGAGAAACAGAUGGACAAGAUCAUUUACGUGCUUUUUACCCUUCUUGUGUUGAUCUCAUUGAUCAGCUCAAUCGGGUUUGCUAUCAAGACUGGUUACCAGAUGCCGAAUUGGUGGUACAUGCCUCAAGAUGCAAAAAAAAUUUAUAAUCCGACUCGGCCUUUCUUGUCGGGUUGUAUUCAUCUGAUUACCGCUCUUAUUCUUUACGGGUAUUUGAUACCCAUUUCGCUUUAUGUUUCCAUUGAGCUCGUGAAGGUCCUGCAAGCAUUGUUUAUAAACCGAGAUAUACACAUGUACGAUGAAGAAACCGGUACUCCUGCUCAAGCCCGGACGUCGAAUUUAAAUGAGGAGUUGGGGAUGGUGGACACGAUUCUUUCGGAUAAAACCGGCACGUUGACAUGUAACCAGAUGGAUUUUCUCAAGUGCUCGAUCGCCGGCAUCCCAUAUGGAAUGCGUUCUAGUGAAGUAGAACUUGCUGCCGCCAGCCAGAUGGCGGAGGAUCUUGAAGGGCACGGCCAUGAUUUUUCAAGAACCGGCGGACAAAAUGGAUCUGAAAUUGAGUUAGAGACCGUUCCUACUCCUAAAGGCGAAAGUUCUCCGACACGUAUUAAGGGAUUUAGCUUUGAGGAUCAUCGAUUAAUGAACGGAAAUUGGUCACGAGAACCCAAUGCCGAUGUUCACUUGUUGUUUUUCCGGGUACUUGCUCUUUGUCAUACGGCAAUUCCCGAGCUAAAUGAGGAGACGGGCACUUAUAGUUAUGAAGCGGAAUCGCCAGAUGAAGGAGCAUUCCUUGUUGCCGCAAGGGAGUUCGGCUUUGAAUUUUGCAAAAGAACUCAAUCGAGUAUAUUAGUUCGUGAGCAGCAUUAUUCUUAUGAAGAACCUAUUGAAAGGGAGUUCAAAAUUCUCAAUCUUUUGGAUUUCACAAGCAAAAGAAAACGAAUGUCGGUUAUUGUUCAGGAUGAGACCGGACAAAUUCUUUUACUUUGCAAAGGUGCCGACAGCAUCAUCUUUGAUCGUUUAGCAAAAAAUGGAAGAGUGUAUGAGGAGGCGACCACAAAGCAUCUAAACGACUAUGGGGAAGCUGGAUUACGUACGCUAGCACUUGCUUACCGGAAACUUGAAGAAUCCGAGUAUUCUGCAUGGAAUGACGAGUUUGUAAAAGCCAAAACGGCCAUCACCGGUGAUAGGGAGGCAAUGCUUGAACGGGUUUCCGAUAUGAUGGAGAGAGAUCUUAUUCUCAUUGGUGCUACCGCCGUGGAGGAUAAGCUGCAACAAGGGGUGCCUCAAUGUAUCGAUAAAUUGGCGCAAGCUGGUCUUAAGCUAUGGGUUCUAACGGGUGAUAAGAUGGAAACUGCAAUCAACAUAGGGUUUUCGUGCAGUUUGCUUCGGCAGGGCAUGAAGCAGAUAUGCAUAACGACAACUGUGGAUAUGUUAAAUCAAGAUUCCAAGAAGGCUGUAAAGGAGAACAUCGUGAUGCAAAUCACGAACGCUUCUCAAAUGAUAAAGCUUGAAAAGGAUCCUCACGCUGCAUUUGCAUUGAUUAUCGAUGGGAAGAUGCUAAGUUAUGCUUUGGAGGACGAUUUGAAGCAUCAGUUCUUGAGUUUAGCCGUUGAUUGUGCUUCCGUUAUAUGUUGUCGUGUAUCUCCUAAGCAAAAGGCGAUGGUUACGCGAUUGGUGAAAGAAGGCACCGGGAAAACGACUUUAGCAAUCGGAGAUGGUGCAAAUGAUGUGGGGAUGAUUCAAGAAGCGGAUAUCGGAGUUGGAAUAAGUGGUGUUGAAGGAAUGCAGGCCGUGAUGGCUAGUGACUUCUCUAUUGCACAGUUUCGGUUUUUGGAGAGGCUUUUGGUCGUACACGGUCACUGGUGCUAUAAGAGAAUUGCUCAAAUGAUUUGCUAUUUCUUCUACAAAAACAUCGCAUUCGGUCUUACGCUUUUCUACUUCGAGGCAUUCACCGGUUUUUCUGGGCAAUCAGUGUAUGACGAUUGGUAUAUGUUACUAUUCAACGUUGUACUUACAUCACUUCCCGUGAUUGCACUCGGUGUCUUCGAACAAGAUGUUUCUUCCGAAAUCUGCUUACAGUUUCCGGCAUUGUAUCAGCAAGGACCAAGAAACCUAUUUUUCGACUGGUACCGAAUCUUUGGGUGGAUGGGAAACGGUCUCUAUUGUUCCCUGAUUGUAUUCUUUCUCAACAUCAUUAUUUUUUACGACCAAGCUUUCCGGGUAGGCGGGCAGACUGCUGACAUGACCGUGGUGGGAACCGCCAUGUUUACGUGCGUGAUCUAUGCCGUCAACUGCCAGAUCGCACUCACGAUGAGCCAUUUCACAUGGAUCCAACAUUUUCUCAUCGGUUUCAGCAUCAUCGCAUGGUACGUGUUCUUGAUUCUAUAUGGAAUGCUCUCACCAGAACUCGCCGGAAAUGCGUACAAAAUCUUUGUGGAAGCAUUGGCUCCGGCACCGAUAUUCUGGCUGAGCACCCUGUUGGUAACAGUGGCCUGUAAUCUUCCGUAUUUGGCUCACAUUUCUUUCCAAAGAUCGUUCAACCCGAUGGAUCAUCACGUGAUCCAAGAAAUCAAGUAUUAUAAGAAAGACGUUGAGGAUCGACAUAUGUGGACUCGAGAAAGAUCGAAAGCCCGACAAGAAACGAAGAUCGGGUUCUCAGCGAGAGUUGAUGCGAAGAUCCGACAUUUGAGACAGAUGUUGCAGAAGAAAUCGUCUGUGUUGAGUCCACGCGUUGCGUUGGCCGCAACACGGACGUGAUUUUUUUCGGUUUUUUAUUUUAU